GGUACACUACCAUUUAGCUAGUAUUUAUUUCAUAUUUGAUUAUUGGAAACUUCCAUGCAACAGGGCGUGGCAAAAAAUAUGGCUGCCAGUGGGAUAAUCCAAAACAUGUCUUUGUUUUCCUCAUCACACCCCUUAGCAACGAAUAAUCAGAAAGCUCCAACAUUCAAAAUCUCCCGCGUGUCUCAGAAACCCGCCAUAAUCCCUUCUCUCAAACAAAUUUGCCGGCAAGGCAACUUCAAGGAUUCAUUUUUUACUCUCUCUAAUUUAAUUGCUCAUGAAAACACAUCCCAAAAAUGUUUAUACGAAGCUUACUCACUGCUAUUCGAGAUUUGUGCGUCGGAAAAAGACUUAUUACAUGGCCAACAAAUUCAUGCCCAUGUUCUCAAAUUGGAUGUAUUAUGUGCUGAUUCGGUUUUCUUGAACACCAAAAUUGUCUUCAUGUAUGGGAAAUGUGGGUCAAUUGGAGACGCCGAGAAGGUGUUUGAUAGAAUGACUGAAAGGUCCAUUUUCACUUGGAAUGCCAUGAUUGGUGCUUGUGUUGUAAAUGGGGUACCUUUUAGAGCACUUGAGUUGUACAAGGAUAUGCGUUUCUUGGGUGUUUCGUUAGAUGCCCAUUCUCUUUCUAGUACAAUUAAAGCAAUUAGUCAGCUCGAAUUUUUGUACUGUGGAAGGGAAAUACAUGGUCUUGCAAUAAAACUUGGUCUAAUUUCGAAUGUGUUCGUGCUGAACUCACUAGUGACCAUGUACACCAAGUGCGAUGAUAUCAGGGCUGCAACAUUCUUGUUCAAUGGAAUGUGCGAAAGAGAGGAUACUGUGUCCUGGAAUUCUAUGAUUUCCGCGUACGUUAUCAAUGGGAUGAAUCAGGAAGCUUUAAGUCUCUUUGUAGAUAUGCUGAAUGCCAGUGUCGAACCCACCACAUAUACUUUCGUUGGUGCUCUUCAAGCAUGCGAGGAGACAAAAUUUGGUAAACUUGGGGUAGAGAUUCACGCUGCUGUUCUGAAAUUCGGUUAUUAUCUUGAUACAUACGUUGUGAAUGCUUUGCUAAUGAUGUACACAAAAAACAAUAAAUUAGAUGAAGCUGCUAAAAUAUUCUUCCAUAUGCAAGAAAAGGACAACAUUUCUUGGAACUCCAUGAUAUCAGGAUAUGUACAGAACGGAUUUUACGAUGAAGCAGUUAGUUUGUUUCAUGAGAUGAAGAAUGCAGGUCACAAACCUGACCACGUCUCACUUAUGAGUAUGCUUGUUGCAUCUGGAAGACAGGGAAAUCUGUUAAAUGGGAUGGAAAUUCAUGCCUUUUCACUGCGAAAUUGUUUGGAUAGUGAUUUGCAGGUUGGCAAUACUCUUGUAGAUAUGUAUGCCAAGUGUGGCAAGUUAGAUUACAUGGACUCUGUCGGUGAUAGGAUGCUGCAUAGAGAUAAUGUCUCUUGGACAACAAUUAUCGCCGCUUAUGCUCAGAAUAAUUUUCCUUGGAAGGCCGUGCAAUCAUUUCGCGAGGUACAGACAGAAGGAAGCAAUAUUGAUGAUGCCCUGAUGAUUGGAAGUGUCCUCCUUGCUUGUACUGAGUUGAGGUGCAACUUACUUGCAAAAGAAAUUCACUGUUACGUGAUUAAAAGAGGCUUAUAUGAUCCUGUUAUACAAAAAACUCUUGUGAGUGUUUAUGGAGAUUGUGGGAAUGUGGAUUAUGCAAAUAGUAUUUUUAGGUUGAGUGAAGUUAAAGAUGUCGUGUUCUUUACAAGCAUGAUGUGUAGUUAUGUUUGUAAUGGACUUGCCAAUGAGGCUCUUGAGCUCAUGCUCUAUAUGAAUGAAUUGGAAAUUGAGGCAGAUUCUAUUGCAGUCCUAAGCAUGCUCACUGCUGCUGCUGAUUUGGCUUCCUUAAGGAAAGGAAAAGAGAUUCAUGGGUUUUUAGUUAGAAAAGGCCUCCUUCUGCAUGAUUCCAUUAGAAGCUCUCUAAUAGAUAUGUAUGCCUGCUGUGGGACUCUGGAGAACUCAUAUAAGGUGUUUAAUUAUUUAAAGAACAAAGAUCCGGUUUGUUGGACAAGCAUGAUAAAUGCUUGUGGAUUACAUGGAUGUGGUAGGGAAGCCAUUGAUAUAUUCACGAUGAUGGAGAAGGAAAAUAUUCAGCCAGAUCACAUAACGUUCUUGGCUGUUCUUCGUGCGUGUAGCCAUGCGGCACUAGUAGAAGAUGGCAAAAGGAUGUUCAAAAUAAUGCAAAGCAAGUAUGCUUUGGAGCCUUGGCCAGAACACUAUGCCUCUUUAGUUGAUUUGCUUGGCCGUGCAAAUUACUUAGAAGAGGCCUUUCAAAUUGUUAAAACAAUGAACUUGGAGGAUAUACCGGCUGUCUGGUGUGCUCUCCUUGGUGCUUGUCAGGUAUACUCCAAUAAAAAGUUAGGAGAAAUUGCAGCAAAGAAGCUUCUUGAACUUGAGCCGAAGAAUCCAGGAAAUUACAUUCUUGUAUCUAAUGUGUAUGCUGCAAUAGAUAGAUGGGACGAUGUGGAAGACGUCAGAGUAACAAUGAAAGGAAAAGGGCUGAAGAAAGAUCCAGCAUGUAGUUGGAUAGAGGUAGGAGAUAAAGUUCAUGCAUUUGUUGCCCAAGACAAGUCGCACCCGGAGUGUGAUAGGAUUUAUGAAAAAUUAGCCCAUCUAACUGAGAAAUUGGAGAAAGAAGCAGGUUAUGUGGCUCAAACCAAGUGUGUUUUGCAAAAUGUGGAGGAGAAAGAAAAGGUCAAGUUGCUUAAAGGACACAGUGAAAGACUAGCUAUUGCAUAUGGUUUACUUGCUAGUACUGAUUGAAACCCCAUCCGAAUCACAAAAAAUCUUCGCGUCUGUAGUGAUUGCCAUGCUUUCAGCAAGCUAGCUUCAAAGUUCCUAGAGCGAGAAAUAAUAGUUAGAGACGCCAAAAGAUUUCACCAUUUCAGGGAUGGGGUAUGUUCCUGUGGAGAUUUCUGGUGAAAAUUUGUUCUAGUAAUUGGUUAAUGGAUUAAGAAGAUCUUUCUGAUGAUAACUAACCUUACUGCUUGCUAAAACCUACUUAUAAGUCCCGCACAGUAUAUUUUCAAUAAGAAAGGGAGCUAGUGGACAUAUCCACUUUCAGUUGUGAGCCAA